GUUUUCUCUGUCUCCAUUUACCACACACACACAUCCUAUAUCCGUACCAGAUCAACUUUCUUAUCAAACAAAAUAGGCAGGGCUGACUAUGGUACUAUUAAAGCCGUAUCUUAACAUCCUACCAGCACUUGAACUUGUGUCAUUGUUCAUUAUUAUUAUUAGUUUCUCCAUUUCUCAUUCUUUUUUUCUUAUUACUUUCACUUUAUACUUUCAUCAAAAUUUGAGCCCUUCUAAAUUGUUUUCUAUUCUUCUAUACAGAAUGUACCUCCUAGUCCUAGAGCAUACCUUUUGAAUAAUUUGUUCUUGUCUGAACCUUGGAAAUGAAACUCAUACCUGUCAGACAAUCUGCAAUGGGUUCCAUUUGGAUGUGCCAUUUCUUUCUGUUAUUGUCCAUACUUGGUACUACCUUUAUUGCAACUACGGCCAAUAAUGCAACAGAUUCCUACUGGCUUCACAGAAUUAAAUCAGAACUUGUAGAUCCAUUUGGUGCCCUUAGCAACUGGUCUUCAACAACUCAAGUCUGCAACUGGAAUGGAAUAACAUGUGCAGUUGAUCAGGAACAUAUUAUAGGCCUGAAUCUGUCUGGUUCAGGAAUAUCAGGUUCCAUUUCAGCUGAGUUAAGUCACUUCACUUCUCUUCGAACACUUGAUUUGUCUUCAAAUUCACUUUCUGGCUCCAUCCCUUCAGAGCUGGGUCAGCUUCAAAAUCUAAGAAUAUUGCAACUACACUCAAAUGAUCUCUCCGGAAAUAUUCCUUCAGAGAUUGGUAACUUGAGGAAGUUGCAAGUUCUUAGAAUAGGAGACAACAUGUUGACAGGUGAAAUUCCACCUAGUGUUGCCAAUAUGAGUGAAUUGACAGUGUUGACUCUAGGCUACUGCCACUUGAAUGGAAGCAUACCCUUUGGAAUUGGUAAAUUGAAGCAUCUAAUAUCACUUGAUUUGCAGAUGAACAGCCUUAGUGGCCCCAUACCUGAAGAAAUUCAAGGCUGCGAAGAGCUCCAAAACUUUGCAGCAUCAAACAACAUGCUUGAAGGAGACUUACCUUCCUCUAUGGGGUCUCUUAAAUCUUUGAAAAUUCUGAAUCUGGUCAAUAACAGUUUAUCUGGAUCAAUUCCUACAGCUUUGAGCCAUCUUUCUAACUUGACAUACCUGAAUUUGCUUGGAAACAAACUACAUGGAGAGAUUCCUUCUGAGCUUAAUAGUCUGAUUCAGUUGCAGAAGCUUGACUUGUCCAAAAACAACCUUUCUGGAUCAAUACCUCUCCUUAAUGUAAAAUUGCAAAGUCUUGAAACUCUUGUUUUGUCUGAUAAUGCUCUGACAGGUAGCAUUCCAAGUAACUUCUGCCUCAGAGGUUCAAAGCUUCAGCAGCUUUUCUUGGCUAGAAACAUGCUCUCUGGCAAGUUUCCCUUGGAGUUACUCAACUGCUCCUCAAUCCAACAGUUGGACCUUUCUGAUAACAGCUUUGAAGGAGAACUUCCUUCCAGCUUGGACAAACUGCAGAACCUCACAGAUCUUGUGCUCAACAACAACAGUUUUGUUGGAUCUUUACCUCCUGAAAUUGGCAACAUUAGUAGCUUGGAAAGUCUUUUCCUAUUUGGUAACUUCUUCAAAGGUAAAAUUCCGUUGGAGAUUGGAAGGCUGCAGAGAUUGAGCUCCAUUUACCUCUAUGACAACCAGAUUUCUGGACCCAUACCAAGGGAGUUAACAAACUGCACAAGCUUAAAGGAAGUCGACUUCUUUGGAAAUCACUUCACAGGGCCAAUUCCAGAAACUAUAGGUAAGCUCAAGGGUUUGGUUGUUCUUCAUCUUAGGCAGAAUGACUUGUCUGGUCCAAUCCCACCAAGCAUGGGAUACUGUAAAAGCCUUCAGAUAUUGGCCUUAGCAGAUAACAUGUUGUCUGGUUCCAUUCCACCCACUUUCAGUUACCUCUCAGAACUCACUAAAAUUACCCUUUACAAUAACUCCUUUGAAGGACCUAUCCCUCAUUCACUCUCUUCCCUCAAAAGCCUCAAAAUCAUAAACUUUUCACACAACAAGUUCAGUGGAAGUUUCUUUCCUCUCACUGGUUCAAAUUCCCUGACCCUUCUGGACCUGACUAACAACAGCUUCUCAGGUCCCAUCCCUUCCACUCUAACCAAUUCUAGAAACCUCAGCCGUCUCAGACUUGGAGAAAAUUAUCUCACAGGAAGCAUUCCUUCUGAAUUUGGCCACCUUACUGUUCUCAACUUUCUUGAUUUAUCAUUCAACAAUUUAACAGGAGAAGUGCCACCUCAACUCUCAAACUCCAAGAAAAUGGAACACAUGUUGAUGAAUAACAACGGGUUGAGUGGAAAAAUACCUGAUUGGUUGGGAAGCUUACAAGAACUUGGUGAGCUAGAUCUCUCAUACAAUAACUUCCGUGGUAAGAUACCUUCUGAGCUUGGUAACUGCUCAAAACUACUCAAGCUUUCUCUCCAUCACAAUAAUCUCUCUGGUGAAAUCCCCCAAGAGAUUGGAAACCUCACUUCCCUCAAUGUCCUCAAUUUGCAAAGAAACAGCUUCUCUGGCAUAAUUCCUCCGACAAUUCAGCGAUGCACAAAGCUGUAUGAGCUCAGGCUCUCAGAAAACUUGUUAACAGGUGCUAUACCAGUUGAGCUAGGAGGGCUAGCUGAGUUGCAAGUGAUAUUGGACUUGAGUAAAAAUCUCUUCACUGGUGAGAUUCCACCAUCUCUAGGAAACCUCAUGAAGCUAGAGAGACUCAACCUCUCUUUCAACCAACUUGAAGGAAAAGUUCCUCCUUCACUUGGCAGACUCACAAGCCUGCACGUGCUGAAUCUCUCAAACAACCACCUUGAAGGCCAGAUUCCUUCAAUAUUUUCAGGAUUCCCACUAAGCUCAUUCCUGAACAAUAACGGCUUGUGUGGCCCACCUUUGAGUUCGUGCUCCGAAUCCACGGCACAGGGGAAAAUGCAGCUAUCAAACACACAAGUGGCAGUAAUCAUUGUGGCCAUUGUCUUUACUUCCACAGUGAUAUGCUUAGUGAUGCUGUAUAUAAUGCUCAGGAUCUGGUGCAACUGGAGAAAAGUGGCAAUUUCAAGUGCAGAGGGUGGUGGCACUGUUGCUCACAAGACCAGGAAUGGAGAGUAUUGGAAUAUGAAUUCCUUUGGGUUCAUUCCUUCACCAGAUAAGCAGAAUUCAGCAGCAACAACAACUUCAUUCUACAAUCUCAAAAUGGAAACCAUGGAAAAUACAAGUAUGUAACAUCUUUUUCAUUAGUUUGGGUUCCAAGCUUUGAGGAACCAUUAAAUCUCAACAGUUCUUGCACAUCCUCAAAUGCUAACAUCAAUUAAUUAAUUUACGUAAAUA